CGUUUUUCUCCUCGUUAUAUUACCUUAUUUGAACCUCACAACAAAAGGGCAGCUUACAGACAACCGAUCAUUUACUGUAACAGAACUUUACAUACAAAAUAAUGGAAACUAAUGAUGUUAUAACUUUCCAUCAGUGUGUUGUAUGUGAUGAGAUUUUUCAACAAUAUGAUGAUUUAGAAAAACACAAAAAAAUCCAUAUUAAAGAAGAGAAAACUGAUGAUGUAGAUGAAUAUUGCCAUGUUAAAGAAGAGAAAAUUGAUGAUGUAGAUGAAUAUUGUCAUGUUAAAGAAGAGAAAACUGAUGAUAUUGAAACUGUUUAUCAGUGUAAUUUGUGUGAUGAUGAAUUUAAUUUAGAAAAAGAUUUAGAAAAACACUGUGAAAUACAUGUUAGUCAGCAAGGGCAAACAAGAGAAAAACCUUAUAAAUGUGAUGUUUGUAGUAAAUCAUUUACUAAAAGAAGUCAUUUACAGUCACACAUAAGAAUUCACACAGGCGAAAAACCUUAUAAAUGUGAUGUUUGUAAUAAAUCAUUUUCUGAUAGUAGUCAUCUACAGUCACACAUAAGAAUUCAUACUGGUGAAAAACCUUAUAAAUGUAAUGUUUGUAAUAAAUCAUGUACAACUAGUGGUAAUCUACAGAAGCACACCAGAUCUCAUACAGGUGAAAAACCUUAUAAAUGUGAUACUUGUAGUAAAUCAUUUUCUGAGAGUAGUAGUCUACAGAGACAUAUCAGAGUUCAUACUGGUGAAAAACCUUAUAAAUGUGAUGUUUGUAGUAAAUCAUUUUCUAAUGUAAGUAAUCUAAAGAGUCAUAUCAGAACUCAUAUUGGAGACAAACCUUAUAAAUGUGAUGUUUGUAGUAAAUCAUUUUCUAAAAGAAGUCAUUUACAGUCACACAUAAGAAUUCACACAGGAGAAAAACCUUAUAAAUGUGAUGUUUGUAAUAAAUCAUUUUCUGAUAGUAGUCAUCUACAGUCACACAUAAGAAUUCACACAGGUGAAAAACCUUAUAAAUGUGAUAUUUGUAAUAAAUCAUGUACAACUAGUGGUAAUCUACAGAAGCAUACAAGAAUUCACACAGGGGAAAAACCUUAUAAAUGUGAUGUUUGUAGUAAAUCAUUUUCUGAGAGUGGAAGUCUACAGAGACAUAUCAGAGUUCAUACAGGUGAAAAACCUUAUAAAUGUGAUGUUUGUAGUAAAUCAUUUUCUAAUGUAAGUAAUCUAAAGAGUCAUAUCAGAACUCAUAUUGGAGACAAACCUUAUAAAUGUGAUGUUUGUAGUAAAUCAUUUUCUAAAAGAAGUCAUUUACAGUCACACAUGAGAAUUCACACAGGAGAAAAACCUUAUAAAUGUGAUGUUUGCAGUAAAUCAUUCAAACAGAGUACGAGCCUACAGAAGCACAUUAAAUCACACAGGUGAAUAAUAGUUUGUAGUCAAUUAUUCAAAUGUGGUAGAGUAUUACACUAGUGAUGGUCCAAUAUGGCUACUAUAAGUUUUACUAACAUCAGAUAUUGACAGCGACAUAUAUUGUCCGAUAGUGGUGGAUAUAAAACUAUUACACAUUAAAGUGCCCCAAAUGUCAUGAUAAUCAAUGUAGAAAUGUCUGGUGCUAUUUUAUCUCGAGAAUUAAACACAAACAUUUAUUGUGAACUUAAUUAUUUGCUGUAUGGUUAAUUAAAAAUUUGAGGUUAUCAGUGAUUAAAUUCCCUAAAUUGAUCGGCACCUGUAGGCCUAUCACAGAUGUCAGAAUGGUUUAUGGGGUAAUGAUACGACAUCAGAGCGAUAGUUUCCCAUCUGUCUGUUUGUAAUGUUAUGAAUUAAUAAAGUAUGAUCUAUU